AUGGCUUCCAAGCGUAGAAUUGUGAAGCGUGAGCCACAGGGACUUGUGGCAGAGGUCCCGUUGCACAGAAAGAAUGCUUCGGAGAGCCUCACGUGUUCGGAGGAGCCGACGGCUCCUGACAAUCAAAAUGUGAAGGUCAAGAUUGAAGAUGAAGAUGCUGAGGACAGCAUGUCUGCGGCGGUGGAGACGUGCGGCAGCAUCAAGGAGGAGGAAGAUGAACAUGAUUCCCAGCAAGAUGAGCAAGUUUCUCAAGAUGGUGACAACAGCGGCAGCGAGAACGGCAACGACACGGGGCCAGAGGAAUCGGGGAGUGAAGAGACAGCUUCGCAGGAAGGUGGGCUAGACGUGCGGUUCAUCGAGCCGAUAGUCUUCGACAUUCCUGAUAGUGAUUCCCGAUGCCUGCCGCAUCAGAGCUUUGUAGAAGGUGGCCAUGAGCAGUUCCAGCAAUGGAUGAAGCAUAGUUUGGCCGCUUUGGACACCGCCACACAGUCGGACCUCGCUGAGCUUCUGAGCACCAGUGCCCCGAUCCACGUUGGCACGGCGUGUUCCGGGUCGGACGCACCUGUCUUGGUGCUGAAGUCUUUUCUUGCUGCUGUGCAGCAGCAGUAUGGAGUGUCCGUUCAGCUGCAGCACAUCUUUUCAUGUGAACACGACGAUUCCAAACAGGCCUUCUUGGAGCGAAUGUACACCAGGACCCCCGAUCGCGUUGAUAUGCAGCACCUCUUCGACUCUACGCAGCAGCUUCGCCGUGGCCCCGGCAAGGAGGCGCUAGAUGUGCUCACGAAGCAGCCCGAGACCAUUCCGUCGUGCAGCGACCUGUAUUUCGGAUUUCCUUGCCAGGACAUCAGCAAACUCAACAAUGCUUCACGGCAGGCAAGCAACAGGACUGCUGUCAAGGACGGUGCCCAUCGCACAGGCAGCGUGUUCAAGGACAUCAUGAGGUAUGUCGAGAAGCUUGUGGUGGCUGCAGAGUGCGAGGACACGGUGCCCUUGCAGGCGAUGAUCAUGGAGAACGUUUUAGGCCUCCUGGAUCGCCCGAGAGGGGUGGAUGUGGACACAGGUCUCAAGUACCACAAUAACAUGGAAUAUGUGGACCUAGCUGUCCGCAAGGUUGGCUUCUGCAUGAUUCCUCUGCAGGUUGACCCCCGGAUGUUCGGCAUGCCAGUUGCCCGACCACGGCUGUUCCUCCUGUGCUUGCCCUUGCAAAAGCUGGUGGAUGCCGGCGUUUCCGAGGACCAGCUGCGUGCAAUGGCAACGCAGCACAUGCAGAAGCUCCUUGUGUCCCAAAUGCGCGACCUGGAUGACUUUUUGCUGAACGAUGCGGACCCUCUCAUCCAGGAAGACUACGCGAAGGCAGUGGACUUGGCUGAACGACGUCAACAGAAGCUUGAGUCUGACUUGGGGACAGCCAAGAGGGCCCCCAAGCGGAAGGCUGAGACUGAGGAUGCUGCGGUGCCGAAGGCCAAGAUCGCGAAGUGCAAAUGGGCUGAGACACAUACGAAGGCCAUGGAGCUUAUGGGGAAGGACUGGUGGGAGAGCUACGCCCCAUCACCUGCCACCCUGAAGAAGUUCCCUGGUCUUCACGCACUGACCGACAGACAGUUGGACCUGUGCCAAGUUUUUGGCAUUGGCUUUCCAGACAGCCGCAAGGCCAUCGUUGACCUCUCGCAAGGCUUGCGGAGUGCGUCCUAUGUCAAGAGAAUCAUGCACAACAGGUGUGACGUGGUGACCCCGCACGGGCAACAACUGAUCACCCACAGGGCUCGAUGUGUGUCCGGUCUAGAGGCACUCCACCUUCAGGGCCUGCACUGGGGCGUUGAUCAUGAUCGCUUGAGCGACAUCCGCUCUGAUCUCUUGCGGUCGCUGGCCGGCAAUGCCAUGAACACCUACUGUUUUGGUGCUUGCUUGAUUGUGCAGAAGGCCCUCGAAGCCAACUUGCACGUGAUGCAGUUGGCCAAGCAGAAAUCCCAGCAGAAGCCCAUCGAGACGUCCUCGCAUGCCCGGCCAACGCGAUCGUCUACUCUCGACGACUUGUUCAAUUUUGAGGCCCACGUCAAUCUGCUUUGUGAUGCACCUGUUUGUUGUAGGCACCAGUUGUGCUUGGUCUGCGUUGGGGUUUUUAAGAAGAAAGACCCGGAGCUGGUUAUCAACCCGGACAAGAGAUCGAAGUACUUGAAGGAGCUUCAGGAUAACGACGAGGUGUACGAGAGCCACAAGCGCGACCUGGACACGUACGAGGCUUCCCGCAUCGACUCUUACGCAAAGAGGCGCAAAACGGGGAAACCGUUGCCCGAGAACCCAGAGCUAGAGGACGAGGACCUGGACACCAAGGUGAAGACUGCCCAGGAGCAGGCGCUGGAGAUCCGAACCUGCCUAGGCGCCUCAGCCGAUGAUUCAGUUGCAUUUACCUGUGUCUUGUGGCCUGUGGAGAUGGUUGAGCAGGUCCAGGGCAGGAAGGUCAAACCGUCGGAGAUUACGAAGAUCCAGCAGGGUGGUGAAACACUCAGUGGCAUCCUGAUGCCAAAAUCCAAAGGGGUACCUGACGGUGCCACCGAGGUUUACGACAUCAAGAAGUCUGGCGCAUGCAAGGUGAAGACGGCUGCCAGCAGUGAGUCUGCCCUGUUUCAGAAUGAGCUGAGCAAUUCCUGGGCAGCAGCACAAGCAGCCCAUUCAUUCAGCGCAUCUACACAUGAAGUUGAUGGCCAGCCCUUGGUCCAGCUCAAGGGCCAGAAGCGUGCCAAGGCCGAUGAGUUCGACGACCUCAUGGAUUUCGACGUGAGUGUUUCCGGAGGCCCUGAUCCAGAGCCCGCUCCCAAAGGCGGCAAUCGUGGGAGAAGGAGCAACGGCAAGGCGAAGGCCCAGCCGAAACCGCCUGGGCCCUCGAACACAAACAAGUUGGCCAAGGGCGAUGGCAAAGCCACGAAAGAAAUCCAAACCUCUGAGAGGAUUGUGCUCGAGGCUUCCCAAGUCUUGGAGAACCUCCAAACGGACGACACUCUGAUGACCUUGAAGCAGAAGGCCUUGGGCACCCUCAAGGACCGCGUGGCUGCAAGGCUGACGAGCGCUUUGAUCACCUUGUACUCAACCGGGUACGACAUGACAGACAGCACUUGCACGACUCCAGGAAUGCAGAUCUUGGAAAAAUUGCGAGAGUGCCAGCAGAAGUUGGAACUCUUGUCCCCCGUCGUGGAGAAGCUGCACGACGACAAGUGUUCCGGUCAGGAGCUGCACAAAGCUGUGCACGACGCCCAGUCGCAGACCGCCUGCCUGGCCAAGCCGUUCUCUGUGUGCAGCAGACUCCAAGAGAUCUGUGUGCAAAAAGAGGUUGACAGGUGCGCCAAGGAGGGCGACUUCAACACCGUGAUCACCUUGCUUUUCAGCACCAAGGCCGACGGAUCCGAGUUCGGGGCCCACAUCAUUGAGGACGACAAUCGACGCAAGCUCUACUGUGAAAGAGAGAUUAUGCGACUCAUUGCAGAAAUGCUUCGCCAGGAAGGUCGGGUGCAGGAGGUCCGGAGUUUCGUGAAGGCAGUGAUUGAGUCAAAGCUUCUGGAGAAUACUUGCCCCAUCUUGGCCGAGUUGAUGUUGCUUUGGCCGCUGCUGAACCCGAUGGACCUGUCCGUCCGGGAGCAGGACAUCCAAGACAGCGCCUCGAAAUUCCGGUCAGAGAAGACACUCAAGCUGUCCAAGAUGAUGUGCAACUUCCCAUCUGGGAUGGCGAUCCUGCAAGAAGCUGCAACUGCUUUGGAGCAGAGAGCGCGGGACAAUCAGAUGGGAUCUCAGUUGCGAAAGGCUCAGGUGCGGUCUACUGGAUUGAGUGUGCCUGCGCUGGACGCGCCUCACGACCACUUCUUGCAGCAGUUGGAGGGCUUCAAGCUUUUGGUAGAGGAGUUGUCAGACGUUCGUGCCAACACGAGUGCGCAGUUCUUGAGUUUGCACAAUGACCACAUCCAAGCCAUCAGCAGCCAGAUCAAGGAGUUCGAGGCGCAGGCGGCUGCCAAAGCCAGGAAUAUGACUGUGGCGACGGCAACAUCCUGCUUGCAAGGGGUCCCUGGUCCGGAGAAGGCCGCAAAGCUGAGCGAGAAGAUCUCAGAGAUUGUGGCGAAGUGCGAGAGUGCGGCUGAGAACAUCAUUGAGACCGAGAUCACCUGCUUGGGUGAAAUCAGAACAGAUGAGGCGACCGGUGCAAUCCGGUCUGAGGUUGAGCAGCUCGUCAAUGCUUUGAACGUUCUGAGGACCACGCUGCCGCUGGUUGCCCAGGAAAGCAUCCCGCAGUUUGAUAUCAGCAAUGACAACAUUGUCGCGCUUGGCGACCUUCUUCAAAACCCGCCAGCUUUGCUUCGGAAGCUCGAGGUCUUUGAUUCCUUCCAAGCGGCAAUGAAGACAACGGUAUGGUCGAUGAUUGAGCGGCUGUUGGAUGUUUCCUUUGCCCCCCUGUUGUCGUCCGCAGUGUUCAGAGGCAUGCUGUGCGCAGCAACGGCGACCCUCGCUGGUACCUCUGCCCAAGCACUUGAUCUGUCUGCCGAGAAGCUUGAGAUCGACGCCAAGUCCGAAGAGCUUGGCCAGCAGAUGCAAAAGGCGCUGCAGUCGGUGAUCAUGCUGGGGGGCGACUUUGCAAUCGCUUUGCCGGAGUCGCCGGAGAUGCAAGAUGAGGUGGCAACCGGUGAUGCCAGUGAUGCCGUUGGGCCUUGCAGGAACGUUCGGGCGCCGUUGUGGCUCCUGUGUUUGUUCCCUUCAAUGUGCAGCCUCGUGGCACGAGCCAAGACUCUGAGCUCGAAGGCCGACGCCGCGUUCCAGCCUGGUGCCGAGCUCGUCCCGGACAACUGCGCGGGCGUUGCUGACAACCUACUUGAGGUUCGCAGUGGUGUGGAUCAACUCCGUGCCAGCAUUCAGUCUGUUGAAAUCCCGGAGACUGCAGUGUCGCUCGGACAGCGGCUUCAUUUGACCAACUUCAGCUGCGGUGCUGUGCAAAAGCACAUGGAAGCCGUGGAGAUCAAGGCCGCUAAGUGCAUGGAGAAGUUUAUCCAGACCACUGAGCACCACGCCGGCGCUUUGCUGGAACAGCAAAACAUUGCGUCGGUGACCAGCAUCCUCGACAAGGGCUGCGACCAAACCUCGCUCAACCUGCUGCUCCCCAUCAGCCAGUCCGACGAGAGCAAGCAGCUGCACAAGUGUGUCAAAAGCCUGGACAAAACGCAAGAGCUGCUUCAGAUUGUCGGCAGGAUGAAGCAGCCGAAUGACCAGAUCUAUGUGAGCCUCGCUUUGAACAACGACCUUCGUGCGAAAGCAAAGUCGAUGAAUGCCACAUUGGCUUGUGUUCAAGCCAUGGCCCGCCCCUUAAAAACUGGGGAGGAAAGGCCAGCUCUGGCCCGCCGGGCACGUCUCAUGAUCAAAGCCAAACAAGAGUCAGAGCCCGACGUGAAGAUCGCGGCAGAUUUGGAUUUGCUUUUGUCCAAGACCGCUGCUUCAGCCU